UGGGGUCUGGGGACUGGCUGAGGAGGACACUGGGGGGCUCAGGGAGUGACCCCAGGAUUCGGGUUGGGAUUCUGGCAGGGCUGAGAGGAUUUGUAGUCAUGGGAGUAGGGUUGGGCUUCUGGGGGGGCUAUGAUACUGUGGGAUUGGCAUUGGGGUCCCUGGGGGCUGGGGGAUUUUGGGGACACAUAAGUAACCCCAGGAUUUGGGGUCAGGGACCCCAGACAUGCCCAGGGGUCUGCUGGCCAGCAGUGCCUCCCUUCCCCCUGGGCUGACCCCCCUCCCCUGCCCAGUCCCUCACUGAGGAACCCUCCUCGUGUCUCUUCUGUGUCCCCUCUGUGUCCCCCAGUGUCCCGCCCUGCUCCCUGUGGCCUCUCCUCUCCAUGGACCCCCUGGCUCAGACCCUGGCACUGCUGGCCAUGGCCACCAUGGCCACCAAAGCCAUCGAGGUGAUCCCCCUGGACAUGGCCCCAGACUCCUUCGAUGACCAGUACCGGGGCUGCGGCCCUGCCAUGACCGCGGCGUUGCCGGCCCUCAACCGCUCCGAGUUCCAGCAGAACCCUCUCUUUGCCCAGGCCUGGCCUAAGGCCAUAGCCGAGUGGCAGAGUCGGGGGUCCCCUCUGUCCCCUCUGUCGUCCCCAGCCCAGGCCAUCGCCCUCAUGGCCUACACGAUGAAUGACCUGUACGAACAGUUCAACGCGGCCGUGCGCGCGGCCGGGCGCUCCCGCCGGGAAUACCGGGACAACUUCCACUUCAAAACGCUGCAUUUCCUGCUGAGCCAGGCCCUGGUGACGCUGAGGGACGCUCAGAGUUUGGGGUGUCCCAAGGUGUACCGGGGGGUGCGCAAGUACCAGUUCAAGGCAGAGCGUGGUGACAUUGUCCGAUUCGGUCAGUUCUCGUCGGCGUCACAGAGUGAAGAAACUGCUGAGAUGUUUGGGGAUGCCACGGUGUUCCAGGUGCGCACGUGCCACGGUGUGGAAAUUCAGGAAUUCUCCAAGUAUCCUGGUGAGAAGGAGGUGCUGAUCCCACCCUUUGAGACCUUCGAGGUCAUUGAAAUCAGUCAGAAAGGAGACAGGGUGAGGAUCGAGCUGUGCUCCACCGGGACCUUCAGCAAAUACAACUGCGAGUGGCUGCGAGGUGACACUCCCCUCGUGCUGGUCCUGCUGCCAUGGCACCGCUUCCUCACUGGGCAGCUCUUGGAAGGGCUUUUCCAGGAUGGAUGCCUUGGUACAGUGACCAUGGUGGCCACGCUGGCAAUAAUGGCCACUGUGGUCACAGUGGACAAAGUGACCAUAGUGGCCAUAAUGGCCUCGGUAGCCUUGGUGGCCUCCUUUCUCUGGGGGUCCUGGUGGCCUUCGUGA